AUGUCCAAUAACUACACUGAGGAGUAUGAGGCUGCAGCUCUCUUGUCCUGUAACUACACUAAGGAGUAUGGAGCUACAGCUCUCACAUCCAAUAACCACACUGAUGAGUAUGGGGCCACAGCUCUCUUGUCCUGUAACUACAAUAAGGAGUAUGUAGCUACAUCUCUCAUGUCCUGUAACUAUGCUGAAGAGUAUGGGGUUACAGCUCUCAUGUCUGUAACUUCAUUGAGGAAUUUAGGGCCACAGCUCUCAUGUCCCAUAACUACACUCAGGAGUAUGUGGCUACAGCACUCUCUGUGUCCAUUGAGCACAAUGGGGCCACAGCUCUCAUAUCCCUUAACUACACUCAGGAGUAUAGGGUCACAACUCUCAUGUCCUGUAACUACUCUAAGGUAUAGAACUACAGCUCUCAUGUCCCAUUAUACUGAGGAGUAUGAGGUCACAGCUCUUAUGUCCUGUAACUACACUGAGGAGUAUAGGACCACAGCUCUCAUGUCCUGUAACUACACUGAGGAGUAUGGGAUUACAGCUCUCAUGUCUGUAUCUUCAUUGAGGAGUAUAGGGCCACAGCUCUCAUGUGCUGUAACUACACUGAGGAGUAUGGGAUUACAGCUCUCAUGUCUGUAA